AUAAAUACACACACUUUACUUUAGCCCAAGAUAUACACAUUCGAGAAAUGAUAAUUAUCGAUUUACCCUAGUCUAUAUCUCUUCUUCCUAUCUAAAAAUCACAAAUCUCUUCUUUUGCCGCCCUUCUUUUUAUUCUCUCCCUUCCAUUCAAAGUCUUUAUUUUUAUGCUCCUCUCUUUCUUCAUUUCACUUUUCUCUCUCGCCCACUAUAAUUUCCACAAUUUUCUUAUCAAACUAGCAUCUACAAUCUCUCUUUCACCCACCCUUUUAGCUUAUUCUCAUUCUCUCCCAAUUCUCUUGAUUCCCAUCUCCAAGAAUCAAGCACCCAUUUUUGGUACUCUUUUUUUGGCCUAAAGAUUGGAUUUUUAUUCCAAAAGAUUCAAAUUCUCGACAUGGGCUUGUCCAAAAAACACCAGACAGAUGAAGGAGGAGAUUCCAAGAAAUGGGUCAUUGCCGGAAUUGCGAUUAGAGCUCCUCUGAGAUGUAUUUCUACGAAGCCGAGAGAUGGGUAUGUUGAAGAAGAUGAGGAGAAGCGUAGCACUACUCCUACAGCAAAAGAAGCGAGAAUACCCAAGAAAUUGAAGUGCCCACCAGCGCCGAGAAAGCAGCCUCAGACAGCUUCGUGUCAGUUUAAUGGAGUGAGGGAGUUCUUCAAUCCACCAGACCUGGAAUCGGUGUUUAUUCGUCGUGUGGAAAGAGCUAAUUGAGUUGAGAACAGAGUGGUUUUUGUGUUAUGAAAAUGUGUUCUUUUUAGGUUAGUUAUGAACUUGUGAUAAGUUAUAGUAUCAUAGUGUUUGGUUUAGUUGAGUAGCUUAGUUUAGGUUUUUAGAGUUUGAAGGUGUAAAAACAUAUCUAUAAUAGUUUUAUUAGUAGUUAUGAAACAGAGUUGUGUUUUUUUGUUUAA